CUGACAUAUUGGUUCUUGUCGUCUAUACCUCGUCGCGUCAAUCGCAGUAAACAAAAAAUCGAUAAAUAUGGUGGUUAAAUGUAUUCGUGUGUGAUAGGUUGUCAAUUGUUUUUAUAAAAACUACGGUAACGAGGUCCAUUUCGCGCUAAACUAACCCUAUGGUGAAAGUAAAAGACGAGCCUCCAAUGGCAGAACCCAAUUCUGCACCAAAUCACCGCACGUCAUCAGCAUCAACCAACAACCCCCCUUCCACGUACUACCCGCGAAAGCCUCGUCCACAUUCCCACCACCAUCACCAUCCACCUUUCCAGCACUAUACGCACUUCCACCCAUGCUCGUACUCGCCCGAAAACGCCGAAGCUAGCAAUGGUGCUACCUCGCCGGCCAAGUUCUAUUUCGGUCCUGGAUUCGAACCUCAACAGCAAAUGCCGGGAGGGGGCUUCCCGGGACCGAGCCAAACUCAAGGAAACGAGUACAUAGUUUUGUUCCACGUUAAUCCUGGAGUUACAAUCAACCUACAACUUGGUGAAAACUUGGAGGUUUUGACAGGACCGGUGACAGUUCCCAUGGUGUCAACUAAUUCCUCGCCUCCCAUAGCGAUGCCUGUUCAAGUUCCUCCAGGCCACAUGGUGCAGCAAAUAGUUGACGAAAGUGGUACCUUAAGGCAUGUUAUACUGUCACCACAACAUCCACCGAAUCUCUUACCUAUGCCGUCACAUAAUCCUCAACAUUAUGGUGGCGGUCCAGGCAACAACAACCCUCAAUCUCAGCAGUUCUACCCGGGACUUCCUACCGGCUUUGCCCCACAACAAUUCCAUUCCAAUCUUCAAACCGGUCAUCCGGUACCCAACCACCUAGGUCACUCUCCACCUCCAAAUCCAACUUUUUACAAAGACGAGAGGACACAGCGACAACACAUCAAACUUAAGAAAAAAUUACAUGACAAACAGCAGAAAGGCGACGGUUUGAUACCUAGGAAAGAAUUAGUAAAUGGUUUAAAAAGAGCGGGAUUAAAAGAUAAAGGUAUGAAUAGUGUCGGGACUAGCGAAGAUGGAGAGGAGAGCAGCGUACCCGAUGAAGAAGACUCUAUACAGAUUGCUACUGAUAUUUUGUCGUCCGUCCAGGCACCUAAGGUGUCUGAAUUAAGUUCCCGUAGUGCCUUAUUGCAAUGGGCGCCACCCGUCCGUUUAUCUGAAUCAGCGAGCAACGAUAGCCACGACAUUGACAUUUCAGAGUCCGAUCUAAGGUACGAGGUCCUCCUUAGCGAUAAAAGCAGAGAAAUGAAGUUUAAAUCCAUCUACAGUGGUCCUUCUCUCUCCUGUAGGAUACAAGACUUAAAACCUGGUCAAGAGUAUUCCGUAUGUGUUCAGGUACAUUUAGACGAGCUUCAAGGCUCCGCAUCAGAUCCAGUUAAAUUCAUCACUCCGGCGUGCGAGCCUGACCAACCGCAGCCUCCAAAGCUAUUGAACAGAACCAAAAAUUCACUACAAUUACGCUGGAAUGCUGUCAACGACAACGGCGCUCAUAUACAGCUCUACAUUUUGGAAUAUGACGAAGGAAAAGGAGGAGAGUUUGUGGAAUUCUACAAAGGAAAGAGCAAAACGCACACACUUCAGAAAUUGCUUCCAGCUACAGUAUAUACCUUCAGGUUAGCAGCUCAAAAUGAGGUAGGCAAAAGUUCUUACUCUGAUUGCAUAGCGUAUAGUACUUUUGACAAUCCACCUACCCAGCCUAAUACACCGACGUUGCAUGAAGCAAACGUCCAAUCGUUACAUCUUCUAUGGCAACGUCGACCAAAAGAUGAUGAAUUUAUCUUACAAAUGAAUGAUGUUGACAACAAGUACGGUUUCUUGAAUGUCUACCUAGGCAAUGAAAAUCAACACAUCUGCAGGAAUCUAAGAGAAUGCAGUAGUUACGCUUUCAGGUUAAGGUCAAAAAACGAAAGUGGGACAUCACCCUGGUCGGAAGAAGUGACUUAUAGCACCUUGCCCGACAAACCUUCUAGACCAUCAAAACCUGUAGUUAAAGGAAGGAUACACGCACACUCUUUCAAACUGAAGUGGGAACCACCUAAUAAUACUGGAGGAUCUGAAAUAACCAUGUACAUUUUAGAGUUAAAUUCGGGUAGUGGCUAUGAAAUUGUCCAUAAGGGCCUAGAAACGGAAGCAGUCUGUGAUAAACUGACACCAGGAACUACUUAUCAACUCAGAGUGAGUUGUAUCAGUGCCGGUGGAGUUAGCAACUUUUCAGAUCCUUGUACAGUAACUACGGAUGCUGUUAGUCCUGGUCAGUGUUCGCAACUUAGGGUCGUAGGAAAACCAUUAGCUAAUUCUGUUUCUAUUCGAUGGGUGGAACCAGAUUACAACGGAGGAGCACCUAUUCUUGACUAUGAAGUAGAAAUGACAACUCCAGACAACGCCCAAACUCUUGUCCAUAAAAACAAAGAGACCGAAUGCUCAGUUAACACCUUGAGUCCUGGCUGUGAAUAUUCCUUCCAGGUUCGGGCUGUUAAUAGAAUAGGGCCUGGAUCAUGGUCGGACGUUUUGAAGAUCACCAGUGGUGCCGCACCUCCAUGUGCACCAGAGUUGCCACAAAUUCAGUGCAAGAGUCCUUUCCAUGUUUAUGUCGACUGGACGGAACCUGUGUCUAAUGGGGCGCCCAUCAGUGAAUAUAGACUAGAAAUGAGUCCUGACUUAAGUGAAGAUAAAUUCUCCAGUGUCUACCAAGGCUCUCAACUGAACUAUGACGUAAAGGGUCUGACCCCUUUUCAUUCCUACUGCUUUAGAGUGCAAGCUGGUAAUAGUGCUGGUUUCAGCGGAUUUUCUCCAGUUGCUACCACAUUAACACCUGCAGCACCUCCUUCUGCUGUUACGUCGUUGAAAUCUGAGUCAACUCCUACCUCCAUUACCUUAUAUUGGAACACGCCUAAUGAGAAUGGUAGCCCUAUUACGAAUUACAAUAUUGAAAUCGGUGAUAGGACAAUAUCAACAGAUGGCGCUGUAAAUGAAUAUACUGUGGAGGGUUUACAACCGGAAACAAACUAUAAAAUCAAGAUCCAAGCAGUUAAUGAUGUUGCACAUGGUCCAUUUUCGUCUUCAUUGAGAACUGCUACGUUGAGGCUGCCCCCGACUGCACCCAGGUUAGAAUGUAUUGCCACUGCUCAUAACUAUAUUAAAUUGAAAUGGGGCGAGGGCAAAAACACCGAAUACACCCAAUACUGUGUGGAAAUGGACAAUCCCCGCAUGGGAGAUUAUCAGUGUGUAUACAAAGGUACAGCUCUCACAUGUAAAGUCAACAAGCUACACGAAUCUACGACAUACAGAUUUAGGGUGAACGCAGCCAACGAUGCAGGUGUUGGAGAAUUUUCUGAAGACUAUGAGUAUACUACUACUGUUGCUCCUCCAACGACGCUGAAAGCUCCCAAAGUUAUAGAAGUGGAACAGAGGAGUUGUUCUCUUGAGUGGUUGCCAGCUAAAAAUGCAUUUUCGGAUUCCGUUGUCUACAGAGUACAAUUAGCAAGACUAAAGGAACAAGUGUUCAAGCAGGUAUCCAAGACUUCUGAGGGUAAAUGUACAAUCGAAGACCUGGAACCAGGGACCGACUACAUGGCUCGUAUUUGUCCUGUCCGUCUGACAUCGACCGGGGAACUUCCCGGUCCAGCAUCACCUUCAGUAUCCUUCACAACAACCGCGUUGGAACCAGCGGCAGGCUCACCUGCAAAGUCCACCUCCAUAGGAACUACUGCUCCACAUGGGCCCUCUCACAAACAUCGUACUCUCUAUCAUUCCAUUUGGCAAGCGCUCACCUUUUCCGAGGAGUACAGACCUUACAUGUACGUGAUGUUGGUAUUGCUAAUCGGAAUUGUCAUAUCCCUGCUGAUCACGUCGUUUUUGUAAAAUGGCGACGGUACACAAAAUGCGCAUAUGUAGAAAUGUAUAAACGAAGGGAGGAACGUUUGGGAGAGAGUGGUGGUGGUAAAUUUAUAUUUUUUAAUUUAUGUGUUGUACAGUGUGAAAUUAAGCAAGCCUUAGACGAGUACCAGACUCAGACCGAAGUAUUCCAAAUAUAGUUUCUUUAUAAAAUUUCAAAAAUUAGUUAUCCAGUAAAUUAUGUCACUAAUAUACAUUUGUAGUUACUUUACUGCAAAUUUUAAUUAUAAAACAAACGUCAUUUUGGUAUUAUAGUUAAAUGGACAAGUUAGAUGUUUUUUGUUAAGAAACUAAAUAUUUUUCAUGUAGUUAACUGUAUCAGUUAAUUUAAUUUCCAAAUUCGUGACGGUUGUGUUGUAGAAAUUUUUUUAUCGUGUAUAUUUGUGAUAAUAACUUACUAGAAAACAGAUUUUUGAAAAUGUUGUUCAGGAGGCAGUUUAAUAUACAAAUUUGACUAUAUUAUCAAAGAAAUCCAAGUUUAACAAAACAAAAUUAAGUGGCUUAAUACUUAUUUGCUUCCUAAUUAAACUGAAAUUGCCUUAACCUUUUAAUGUUUUACAGUUCUUCCAAAUAAUUAUAAAUUGUUGUAUUGUCUACUGUCUAGGUUAGAUGCCAAUAUAGACUGUAGAAAUAUAUUAAUAUAUUUGUCAAUCUAAUUGUUUGUUAAUCAUAAUGUAUAUUCUGUAUUGUUCAAUUUUUUCUUUGAUUUACUGUUAAAAAUUAAAUAUUUUUAUAGUUAGUAUAGAUGACUAUAUUAUUAUAUUAUAUAUUUCAUAUAUCUCUAUUAUUUUUUAUGUAAUUAUCUUAGAUAGUUAUAAUAUAUUUUAUAUUUUUUUAAUCAAAAAUUUUGAAGUGACUGUUACUGUGCUUAUAUGUUUCGUGAGAUUAUUAGUUUUUAUCCCAUUCAUUAUCAAAGUAACUAUAAAAAAGUACGUUGAACGUUUUUUAUAGAUUAGCUUAAUGUGAAUAUCUAAAUUAGUUGUUACUAAUAACAUUAGUAACAGUUCCAUAAAUUUGGCAAACACAAAAAUUUUGCAAGGCUCUUUUUUGAAUUGAUAAAAUAUGUGGGAAGUAUAUAAUUUUAAACUAUACAAGCAAAAAUAUGUCUCUUUGUCUUUAUUAUUAUUCAUUAUACAUUUUAUUUUUUUUAAUAUACGCAUAUAUAAAAUAUUAUGUAAUCCAUUAAAAACUUUAUUUGAAUAUCAAUAUGUAUUCUAUAUUUAAAAAUAAAAACAUCGACUAGCUGUGGGA